AUGCGUGCCGGUACCAAUUCAAAGAAGAUCACCGAGCCGCCCAAGACAGCAGACACGAAAGAGGCUAACAUGGCUGUCGGGAAAUUCAUCUCUAGUCUCAAAUUCGGCCCUUUCUCCAUAUCGAGCCAGGUGUUCCAUUUAUCGCCAACAAGACUGAGCUAUGCGCUCGUAAACCUCAAGCCGUUAGUGCCAGGCCAUGUGCUCGUCUGCCCGACACGAUGCGUCCCGCGAUUAUCACAGCUCACGGCAGAGGAAACCGCAGACUUGUUCUUGUCCGUUCAGCGAGUGUCUCGGACGCUCGAACGCGUCUUUCACGCCUCAUCACUCAAUGUGGCUGUGCAGGAUGGUAUCGACGCUGGGCAAUCGAUUCCCCAUGUGCACGUACACAUCAUACCACGAAAACCUCACGAUCUUGAUAGCCAAGGCGGUGCAGACUCAAUCUAUGACAUGAUGGACGGUGAGCCGGGAAAUCUGGGCAAAGCCUUCUUCGAGAUGCAGCAGGCGAGAGAGCAAAGGAAGAAUCAUCGCGCCUUCUCCGCUGGCCCUGAUUCGGAUAGGAAGCCACGGUCUGAGCAAGAGAUGCAGGAAGAGGCGGAGCAAUUUCGGCGAGAGAUGAUGAAGGACGAGAACAACGAUUGA